UCUCUCUCUCUCUCCCUCUCUCCUCUCUACCUUACCACAUACAUACACAUCUGUACAGUACUAAUAAUAAAUAAAUCUUAAUCUCCAUCCCUUUGACUUUUCUCUUAGAUACAUACACAUCUGCACAGCUGUCACUGCAGUUAAGGUAUACCACUUCAAAGUCUCGCAUGUCUGUUCGUGAAUGAAUCCUGAUUCACCACUACCUUCUCCCUAUUCAUUCCUCAUCUUAUCCAAGAUCACAACUUUUUAAUUCGCUUUCUUUGGGAAUCUCUUCGACCCCCACAUAAAUCUUCGUGAAUCUUCCCCUUCUCACCGCUGUUUUUGAUGUCUGUUUGCUGGAAAGAACCUUUUUGACCAAGUAUGAAAGAAUUCAUUCUCGACUUGGAAUACUUGGCCGAAGGAUUGUUUUGGUACUUUUUUUAUGCUUUUGAACCCGUAGGUGACGAGAUUGUAGCCCUCGGAUUACUUUUCGUCGCUGUGAUUGAAGAAUUUGUUGGGUUCUUGUUUUGCCAACUACUGAUUGUUUAGAUUAGAGUCACAAGAUUCACCAGCCGGCCGACUUGAUGUCAUUGUUUGUGUGCUGCCGGAAAAAUUAAAUUUCUUUUUCGCGGCCCUCAUUUCUUUCGGAGAUUGCUUCUGGUCUUUCCAUAUAUGGAUCCUGUUAAAAGUACUGUUUCUUACUGCUGUGUUUCCAAGGGGGCCCGAGUUCUUUACGCUUAUAAUAGUGGAGACCAUGGGAUUGAAGACUUGGCUGCAUUGUGCUUGGAGAGAACUCCUCCUUUUCACCGAUGGUAUUUUCAAACCACGGGUAAAACAACUUUUGGGUUUCUGAUGGACGACGGGUAUGUCUAUUUUGCCAUAGUGAAUCGGAGUCUUAGCAACUCACAAGUUCUUGGCUUCCUUGAGAAAUUGAGGGAUCAAUUCAGGAUGGUUGGUAAAAGGGGCUCUACCACAAGUGUGUCAAGUCUCAACACUUCACUCUGUUUGCAAGAACAAUUGCUUCCUGCUGUAACUCGCUUGGUUGCCUCGCUAGAGCGUCUCUCACUCUCACCCUCAGGGACUGGCACCACGGACUGCUGGCCUGCACAGAAUGCUUUACCUUUACCAUAUGAAGGAGAGCUCGCACUUUCGCCAUGUAAUAAUGCCAACGGCCACAUUGAAACUGGUUCUUCAACAAAAGCCCCACUGCUGGGAAAGCCUAGCAAACAAGAGAAGAAGAAAAUGAAGGAUCAUGUAAUUGCUGUGACUGUGAGAGACACUGAGAUGGAGGAGCACAGGAGAUCAACGGAUAGAGGUGUGAAGAUUGAUUCAGGACUGCUCAAUUCCAGCAGCCAAGGAACAUCAUCAGCUUCUCCAAUGCGGAAGGAAUUUAGUUCAACAAGGAUUAAAUCUGGCUCUCAAAAUCUGCAAAAGAAGUGGUGUCGCCAAGUACGGAUUGUCCUUGCCAUUGAUGCGGCAGUCUGUCUUGUUCUAUUCAUAAUUUGGUUAAUUAUAUGCCAUGGUAUGGCGUGCAUUCGCUGAAAACUCCUUUACCGCCUAGACUGGAAGUCGGACCAUGUUAAGAUUUGCAGUCAUGGUGAUGAUUGGUCUGCUACAAUAGCUGGCAUGGUAGCUACUUUACAUUCUUGGGAGCUUGUUGAGCACAUUGUAAAUAUCUGUAAUCCCCGCUUUUGAUUGCUUUUACUGGAUGUUAGCAAACUGAAAUCAGAUCCUGCUGCAUUUCCUUGUGAAACUUUUUCACUGUUACUUUUUGUGUAAAAGAGGGAGGGGGCCUGUGGAACCUAUUUCUCUCCUACAGGAUAUUAACUUUUUC